AUCGUGUGUGACCUUGUGACUCGCAGACUUAUUGAAAAACUUACAUAUAGUGGUGAUCUACGAUCACAACAAAUCGCAUUUUCAUAUGAUAAAAACAAUCACCAGAAUUGGCAAGAGCUUUUAAUGAUGACCAGAUGGCAUCAUAAGAUCAACAGCAAGAUUGUACGUAAAAUGACGACUUGGGUUUCGCCAAAAGCUGAUUUCAAAGACCCAAACCUUAAUAAAAAUGAUGUGGUGUUUAAUGAGGACUAUCCUAUUAUAGGUGAUUUGUCUGAUUGA